AUGAGACCACUUCUGAAAGGUCUGCUCCCUCGAGCUUCACGCGCACAACUUGCUGCAUCAACCCGCUUCAGCCAGGUUUCAAUAUCUCGACCCUCUAUACGCAGAUCGGCUUCUACAGACCAACAAGCAGCACCUACAGCCUCCCGUCUCCUCAAUUUCUUCUACGGCACUACCUUGGUGCUGGGACUUGGUAUCGUCUACGUUUACGUCACCGAUACGAGGGCAAGCAUUCAUCGCUAUGUGGUGAUUCCAGCCCUCCGUUUGAUCUACCGUGACGCUGAGGAGGCCCACCAUGCCGGUAAUCAUCUUUUGAAGUCUCUUUGGGAUUUUGGUCUUCACCCUAGAGAACGAGGAGAUCCAGAUGGUAGAAAGGACCUGGAAACAGAAGUCUUUGGCCAGAUACUACGAAAUCCGCUUGCCACCUCAGCCGGGAUCGACAAACAUGCUGACAUUCCCGACGCACUCUUUGCCAUCGGCCCCGCCGUUAUUGAGAUAGGAGGAACCACUCCCCUGCCCCAGAAUGGCAAUCCACAACCAAGAGUGUUCCGCUUGACAUCUCAGCAGGCGUUGAUCAACAGAUAUGGUUUGAAUUCAGAAGGCGCCGAUCAUGUCGCAAUGAGAUUACGGAACCGAGUUCGAAAAUUUGCUCAGGAACUUGGCCUUGGACAUGACGAGGUCGCAGAGAAGGCAGUUCUCGAUGGAAUUGCCGGCGUGCCUCCCGGGAGCUUGACACCGGGAAAAUUGUUAGCAGUCAACAUCGCCAAGAACAAGAUUACGCCCGAAGACGAUGUGGAGGCUGUCACCAGGGACUAUGUAUAUUGCGUGGACAAGCUUGGACCAUACGCUGACAUCUUGGUGGUCAAUGUUUCUAGUCCCAACACUCCAGGCCUUCGUUCUCUGCAACAAUCUGACAAGUUACAACAAAUCCUGACAGGAGUGGUAAAAGCUGCCCAUUCUGUGGAGCGACGUACGAAACCAAAGAUCAUGGUCAAGGUUAGCCCUGACGAGGACACAGAUGAACAGGUGUCUGGAAUCUGCGAAGCGGUCUGGGCUUCAGGAGUUGACGGUGUGAUCGUGGGGAAUACCACCAACAAGAGGCCUGAGACACUACCUCAUUUGAAGAAAUUUUCUCCUCUGGAAGAACAGCAUUUGCUUGAGAGAGGCGGGUUUUCGGGGCCUCAUCUUUUCGACCGUACGGUCUCACUGGUUAAGAAAUAUCGAAAACUUCUGGCCGAAAGGCCCACUCAAUUACAGCCGCCAGAAAAGACUCCAAGUGCUUUGGAGGCCGAGGUCAAACAUAUCGAGGCAUCAAUUCCGGCAAGUAUUGGACCAGCGCCCAGCUCCGGCCCGGACCCUGUCGUCGGUUCAGUAGAUACUGGUAUAAUCCCACUUCGAAACCCCUCGGAAAAGAGUGAGUCAGAGAAGCAGCCCCUCAUAAGUUUACCGGACCAUCGCUUCUAUGAUAAAGCAGAAGCAGAGCCAAUUCGGCUAGCAAGCACCAGUGAUAGUUUGACAGAUCCAACAAGGCUGGCCGGGGAAAGGGUACAGCUUCAGGCUAGUCAGGAAGCACUUGACCGGGUUCCACCUCAGACGGAGCGCGAAGCCACCGACCGAGCCAGUCAAGAUCCUCAAUUAGAUUCAACCGAUCAAGCAAAGGUGAUAUUCGCUACGGGAGGGAUAACAAACGGCAAGCAAGCCCUUGAAGUGCUGGACGCCGGUGCCGAUGUUGCCAUGAUUUACACUGCCUUGGUCUAUGGCGGUGUUGGCACGAUAUCAAGGGUGAAGGACGAAAUGCGAGAAGAAAUCCAACGUCAAGGCAAGGAAAAGCGAAUUGCCCGGGAGAAAAGUUAA